AUGACUGCCCAGUUGUCAUCAUGUUCUUUCUUUUUCCUCCUCCUCCUCUUCGUCUUCACGUCGCCACCGGUGGCCAUGGCUCGCCGGACUAGGUUCUUGCACUUGAACUUCUACCUGCACGAGAUCAACCCCGGCGUGCCCAACUCGACGAUGAUCUUCGUUGUGAAUGAGCACCGGAGCAGCGGCUUCGGCAGUGUGUUGAUCUUUGACAACGUUUUCCGGGUGGGGGUGCAGCCAGACUCCCCCUUGCUUGGCCGGGAGCAGGGCCUCGGCGUCGGCUCAAAUUUGCAAGUCUACUCCGGCAUAACGGCCUUGGAGUUCAUCUUCACCACCGGCAGGUACAACGGGAGUUCGUUCGCUGUGUUCGGGACGGUGACAGGCGGGGCCAUAUCAGACCGGACCAUCAUCGGCGGCACGGGGAGAUUUCGGAUGGCAAGAGGUUACAUUUUGGGCAGGGUGGCUGCCACCACCAACACGACCACGACUUGGGAGAUGAACGCCUAUAUUGCGGCCCAUCGAUCCUAGACAUUAAUUAAUUUAACUAACUAAUUAAUUAAUUAAUGAAUCUCGUAAUAAAUUCUUUACUCGAUGUUAGUCAUUAUAUUUAAUCAAUGUUAAUGAUCAACCUUGCUUGUUAGGGAUCUUGAGGGCGAUCGACCUUUGACGCGUAAGCUAAGUCAAGACAUGUAUCCCUUUCAAAUAAAUAAAUGUCGCUCCUUACAUUGAA